AUGCUCCCUCUCCUCUCAGCGCUCCCUCUCCUCUCGGCGCUUCCUCUCCUCUCGGCACUCCCUCUCCCCUCCACGCUCCCUCUCUCCUCCACACUCCCUCUCCCCUCCACGCUCCCUCUCCCCUCCGUGAUCCCUCUUCUCUCGGUACUCCCCCUCCUCUCGGUACUCCCGCUCCCUUUCCUCCCCUCACUCCUCCAGCUUCCGCAGAGCGUUCACCUGCUCCCCAAUCCCCACACUCUCCUCAAACUCCAUCAUCCCAGCCACUUCCUUGCACGUCACCCCCUCCCUGGUCGCCACCUUCCCCCAACAACUGGCCUCAAGAACAUGAAGAUGAUGAUGAAGACGGCACUGGGGAAGUAG